GUGGUCCCAAAGUCCCGAAGGCAAAAUGCACGCACGAAACCUUCCUCUUGUGCUCCUGCUGGUGUGUUGGGCCGUUGCGUCCUGCGAAGCCUCUCUGUCCACUGGUGGCUUAGUAGGUGGCUUGGCGGUUCUGAAGGGCGCGGCGCUUGUCAGUUAUGCAGUGGGACGUCACCAGCGAUACAACAGGAGACUCUACCACGGCCGUUCUCACUAUCGCGGAGGCUAUAACGGGAAAAGGCACUAUCGCUACGGCCGCUCCGUCGAUCCCGACACCGAACAAGACGCUGAUGAAGGAAAGAACCUGCUCCUGUCCACCGUAGGGCAGCUAGACCCUGACGGAUGCAUCCUCAAAAUGCUCUGCCACCUCCAAACCAGGAGUCACUCCAGCCUCACGCCAGAGGAGGACCUUCUCGUCGAUAUGUUCUCCAACAACACCGAAAACAUGGCCUCCUACAACGCCGCCUUUGUCUACGCCACGGACGUCGGCACGAAGACCCGCGACCCGUCCGUCUGCAACGGACUCUUCCCCAAAUGUUCCCUCAAGGAAGAACAGCUGAGCGGUCUCCUUCGGAGAGUCUGGGGCUGCGCCUCUGACCUUUUCCGAGAUGACGCUGAGCGCGAGGAGGACUUCAGUGCCACUCCGCCCAUGGUACAACCCGUGGGCAAGGAACGGCCUGUCGAUGAGGAGCCCCGACAGGAACAACAAACCUUGGA